CGCAGAUGGAGGCUCCCAGGGUUCUGCUGGUGGAGGCUUUUUAUGGCGGUUCCCACAAACAGCUGAUGGACCUCCUGCAGGAGAACCUCUCCAGCUGCUGCCUAUGCUCCCUGCCCGCUAAGAAGUGGCACUGGAGGGCGAGGACUGCAGCGCUGAGCCUCAGCCAGAGCAUCCCCACCUCUGGGUCCUACAGGGUCCUGUUCUGCAGCUCGGUGCUGAACCUGUGUGAGCUGGUGGCUCUCAGACCGGACCUGGCCCGGCUGAAGAAGGUUCUGUACUUCCAUGAGAACCAGCUGGUGUACCCGGUCCGUAAAGACCAGCAGAGAGACUUCCAGUACGGAUACAACCAGGUCCUCUCGUG